GGAGAGCCCAGGGCUCCAGUCGCUCCGGAGGAGGCGUGAAUCGCGCAGGAAUUGACUAAUUUGGGGUGGGGGGUGCGGUGGGUGAUGGAGCAGCCUGAGGACAUGGCGUCGCUGAGCGAGUUCGACUCCUUGGCGGGCAGCAUCCCGGCCACCAAGGUGGAGAUCACCGUGUCCUGCAGGAACCUCUUGGACAAAGACAUGUUUUCCAAGUCUGACCCACUGUGCGUCAUGUAUACUCAAGGGAUGGAGAACAAGCAGUGGCGAGAGUUCGGGCGCACCGAAGUCAUCGACAACACGCUCAACCCCGACUUUGUGCGCAAGUUCAUCGUGGAUUACUUCUUUGAGGAGAAGCAGAACCUCCGUUUUGACCUAUAUGACGUUGACUCCAAGAGCCCUGAUUUGUCCAAACACGACUUCCUGGGCCAGGCCUUCUGCACCCUUGGAGAGAUCGUGGGGUCCUCCGGAAGCCGCCUGGAGAAGCCCCUCACGAUAGGAGCCUUCAGCCUGAACUCCAGGACGGGCAAACCCAUGCCAGCUGUGUCGAACGGAAGUGGUCUUUGGAUGGAAAGUUUGAGAAACACUGGUCUGGAAGCCUCUGGUGGUGUCCCCGGGAAGAAAUGUGGCACCAUCAUCCUGUCCGCUGAGGAGCUCAGCAACUGCAGGGAUGUGGCCACCAUGCAGUUCUGUGCCAACAAGCUGGACAAGAAGGACUUCUUUGGGAAAUCCGACCCCUUCCUGGUGUUCUACCGGAGCAACGAGGACGGCACGUUCACCAUUUGCCACAAGACGGAGGUCAUGAAGAACACGCUCAACCCCGUGUGGCAGACCUUCUCCAUCCCCGUGAGGGCCCUCUGCAACGGGGAUUAUGACCGGACCAUCAAGGUGGAGGUGUAUGACUGGGAUCGAGAUGGCAGCCACGACUUCAUUGGGGAAUUCACCACCAGCUACCGCGAGCUGGCCCGCGGGCAGAGCCAGUUCAACAUCUAUGAGGUGAUCAACCCGAAAAAGAAAAUGAAGAAAAAGAAAUACGUGAAUUCUGGCACGGUCACUCUGCUGUCCUUCGCGGUGGAGUCCGAGUGCACCUUCCUAGACUACAUCAAAGGAGGGACCCAGAUCAACUUCACGGUGGCCAUCGACUUCACAGCCUCCAAUGGGAACCCCUCGCAGUCCACGUCCCUGCACUACAUGAGUCCCUACCAGCUGAAUGCCUACGCGCUGGCGCUGACUGCGGUCGGGGAGAUCAUCCAGCACUACGACAGCGACAAGAUGUUCCCUGCCCUGGGCUUCGGAGCCAAGCUGCCCCCCGACGGCAGGGUGUCCCACGAGUUCCCACUGAAUGGCAACCAGGAGAACCCGUCAUGCUGUGGCAUCGAUGGCAUCCUGGAGGCUUACCACCGCAGCCUGCGCACCGUGCAGCUCUACGGCCCCACCAACUUCGCCCCUGUGGUCACCCACGUGGCCAGGAGCGCAGCGGCCGUGCAGGACGGCUCCCAGUACUCGGUGCUGCUCAUCAUCACCGACGGGGUCAUCUCGGACAUGGCGCAGACCAAGGAGGCCAUCGUCAACGCUGCCAAACUUCCCAUGUCCAUCAUCAUCAUCGGCGUGGGCCAGGCAGAGUUCGAUGCCAUGGUAGAGCUGGACGGCGAUGACGUGCGGAUCUCCUCCCGGGGGAAGCUGGCCGAGAGGGACAUUGUCCAGUUUGUGCCCUUCAGGGACUAUGUGGAUCGCACAGGCAACCACGUGCUGAGCAUGGCCCGCCUGGCCCGCGACGUGCUGGCCGAGAUCCCGGACCAGCUGGUGUCCUACAUGAAGGCGCAGGGCAUCCGCCCGCGCCCCCCGCCCGCAGCGCCCGAGCCCUCGCCGCCACAGUCCCCGGCCCGCACGCCCCCUGCCUCCCCGCUGCACACGCACAUCUGAGCCUGGCUGUGCAGGCAGGUGCCCCGGGAGUGGGGGGCCAGGCCAGUAGGCUGAGUCCCCAGUCCCCUGCUGUCGGCCCACCCAGCCUUUUGGACAUCGCAGUGCCUGGGAGGCUGGCAGGGGCGGGGCCUCCGGAGGCUCCUCCCCAAAUCCCUGGCCUCGACGCAGGGGUGCGCAGGGUCCUGGGCUCAAGCCCUCUGCUUCCCGAUACUCCCCUGUAGUCCAGCCAGGAGGGUGUAAAUGGGGGUAAUCGCCCCCCAUCACUGCCAGUAGUCCCAUCUGCUCACCUAGCACCUGAAACCCGGCCUGGGCCAGGGCCCUCCCAUCCUCCUGAGCUGUCCACUCCUAACCCGGGUCCCCCUCCAAUUAACGCUCCUGUGCCCUGUUUGGGGUGCACCCCGAGGUGAUGGGUCUGCAGGAAUGCUUGAGCCUGUGACCCUCCCAGGAGCACCCUGUGCCGGGGAGCCCUGCCGCCCCCUGAGUGGGGCUGUGCUGGCCCAGGGUCAGGCUUUUUAACAGCCCUUUCUGGAACCUCAAGUCCAGUGUGACACGGUCCAGACAUAAAUGCCCAGGCCUCUCCUUGGUGUGCGCUGCAGGCACUUUCACAGCUGACUCCUGGCCCCAGGUGUCCCUGCUCCUCCGGGGUGUCCGCUCGUGGCCUGCCCUCCUCGAGGCCCCCUGCCCUCGCCCUGCUCUCUCUGGGGACGAGAGGCAGGAAUGCUAGCUCCAGCCCCGCCGCCCCUGCCUGUCGGGGGAACCCCGAGGCCCUUCGCCUUCUGGGCCUCGGUUUCCACAUCUUUAUGGGGAGAGGGUUGACCAGAUAGUCCCGGGGUCUCCCUCUGUAGUGGCUUCCAUGUCCAGCUCCCCCAUCGCGCUCCUCACCGGCGCCACCCUUACCCCAGGCCGUCUUGGCUCAAGGGUCACCUUGUUCCAUUCUGUCACCCCAGGUACACCCCAUCCUUCCGACUUGGGCUCCUGCCCUGCUGUGGGAAGGUGGGAGGGGUCUCCCCGCCCCGCCGCCCGCCUCCCCCACCUGGGGCGCAGGUCUCGCAUGCCGUCCUGCCGCAUGGGCCUCCCACCCUCUCACUCCGUCGUGCAUGGUGGUGGUGGUGGUGCUGUUCUGCCGUCUGGUCCUGUACUGUCUCUGAGACCGUCUGUGUGGAAUUUGCCUUAAACUGAAGUAAAUUUGGUUCUUUUAGUAGGA